GUCAUCAUAUAAAUAUUGCCCUUCCACCGCAGACCCGAAUACACUCUCCAUUGUCGUUGCAUUCUGAGCUCGAGGUCAUUCUUCGUCUUCUAUACACUUCUCAGAUUUAGGAAUUUGUAGUUGAGUAUUGGUUCAGAAUGUCGGGUCGGGGAAAAGGAGGCAAGGGAUUGGGAAAGGGAGGAGCGAAGCGUCACAGGAAGGUCCUCCGCGAUAACAUCCAGGGCAUAACCAAGCCGGCUAUCCGUAGGCUGGCCCGUAGAGGCGGCGUGAAGCGUAUCAGCGGGCUGAUAUACGAGGAGACUCGCGGCGUUUUGAAGAUCUUUCUGGAGAAUGUGAUUAGGGAUGCCGUUACCUACACCGAGCACGCCCGACGCAAGACGGUUACUGCCAUGGACGUCGUGUAUGCGCUGAAAAGGCAGGGCAGGACUCUGUACGGAUUCGGUGGUUGAGCGUUUUGGGGUGAAUCGUUUGUACUGGUUUUUGUUAUGAGUCUUGCUGUCAAGAAAAUCACAACUGUCAACAAUGGCUCUCUUCUUUCUGGCUUUUUUUUUUUGUAAAUACUCUUCAGUGUUGGGUAUUUUCUUCUUAGGGAGGUAGUAGUUUAUUCUCUUUAGUGGUGGUGUUGAAUGCUUUAUGUUUUGUUUCAGUAAUGGAACUUUUGUUGUUGAAUUUAUAUUCAGAUUACAACA